AUGACGCUUGCCCUGCCCAGGUCUCCCUGGACCACCGUGUCCCCAGAGAGGACCAGGCGUGUCCCCGGGGCACUCGGGCACAGAGGCUUAGGGGCUCGGGUGGGCAGCUCUCAGCUGGGAGCUCGGAACCCGGGGGUGGGCGUGUGCCCGUGUCAUGGUGGGUCCGGCGCGGGCCGGCUUCCGGCGUGGUUUGCCUGGCCCCUGGUGUCGCGGCGGGCAGGCCAGGGCGGGGAGUGGAGGACCUGUGUUCCUUCCCUGCGGGAGCAGGCUUUCUGGAAAGCUCUUGUAGGAACCUCAGAGGCAGUGAGUACCUCUCAGGGUGGCUGGAAGUACAGUUUGCACCCGAUCACCUCCUUCCGUCUCCGUGGCAACCGCAGGCAUCAGGGAGUCUGUGACCAUGGUCCCUGUGGCUCAAGUCCCGUGAGACGGAGGAAGCCCACUCCAGCCCUGGAAAAGGGACAAACGUCUGUUCAGUCUGGUGGGGAGGUCUGGGGAAGGGGGGCUGGAGAGAGGGAGCUGCGUGGGAGGACCAGGGCUGCUGCGAGGGGUGAGGUGGGCCCGUGGCUGGAACUCCGAGAUCUUGCUGGCUCUGCAGCGGCACCCUCAUCUGUAAAAAGUGCUUCUCCGCCCAAGUCCAAGUUCACAGGUAACAGAGGCACUGGGAGUUGGCCUUCUGGGGGCAGGCACUGGGGGGGGGGGACCCUUGGAGAAGGCCAAAGCAUCAGGCUUCAUCACAGUCACAGUGAGGACCUGGCGAGGGAAGACUCGGGGCCCCCAAACGCUGCAUCCCCGCCAUGGGAAGAGGUGGCCCUGGGGCUUGUCCCGGUGACCCUUCCGUGUGCUCACAGAGGCACGUGCACACGCACGCACAUAGGUGCCAGCCUGGGCCAGAGCUCAAGCCUAUGGGUCCAGAGUGCCCAUCACCCUGGCCUGACGCGUGAGCUAGCAGGAGACGGGGAGGGCCACUCGUAGGGCCAAUGCUAUAUCCAAACCCACAUGCCCUUGUGGCGAAGGAUCUAGAUUCCUGCUGCGGGGAAACGGAAAAGUCAGGCACGAAGAAAUUAACCUUCCAGUUAAUCCAUCAUUUUGCUGUCACAUUGCCUUGAGGUAACCCAGCACGUUACCGUGCCCUACACCACCGCCCAAAUUCUCAUACACACACACACACACACACACACACACGCGGACACAUACACACAGACACACACACAUGGACACAGACACACUUCAAACCAAGCGGAAUGAUGCAUAUUGUUUUAUAAUCUGCUGUCCGUGUCAUUGGAUGUCGUGUCUCUGGGUGUUUCCACAGCGUCCCAUGGGGCCACCGGCCACACACCUGCUGAAUUCGCUUUCUCUUUUUUAAUGUUUAAGUAUUAAUUCCAGUGUGGUUAACGUGCAUUCGUUUUCUGAACCAGGACUCUCUGAGUAGAUACCGGUUUCUUAGGCUUCUGGAAGCUUUUCUCUCUGCUGGAACCCACACCCCUGUGCAAACUAGCUCCCUCUCGGUGCACACGCCUGUGACAUUCUCCUCACGGGACAUUCAGAGAUGGGAGGGGAGCAGAAGCGACGCCCAGGCAGCGGGAGGCAGGGGCUAGGAGCCAGGCCUCCCAGCUGGCAGCCCGGGCGCAAGCCCACAAGUUGCCACUCCCCGAAGGAGGUCAUCACCGCUGCCCAGCUGUAGACAAAUCAAGGAUGACAAUGACAGUCUCCACUGCCCAAGGGUCGGGAGGGCCGGAUGAUGCACGAGGCGUGCUGUGAUGGACGGAGUAACAGCCCCCCAGGGACCUCCGCUUCCAAAUGCCCAGGACCAUGACUCUUCUGUUAGGUGGGCAUUGGGACAGCGGACGGAAUCAAGGCUGCUGACCAGCGGACCCUACGCAGGGAGCUGAAUCCGGCUCCUCCAGAAAUACGGUGACGUCCAAACCCCUAGCAUCGGAACGUGACUACAUUUGCUGCCACGGCCUUAAAGACCUGAUUCAGUUAAAAGGAAGCCCGGAGAGCGGCCCAAACCCGGCAAGGCAGGGGCUGCGCAAGAAGAGAUUUGGACACGGACACACACAGAAGGAAGAUCCUGGGCAGAGCCAGGAAGAAGGUAAAGCGCUUUGACCUUGGACUUCUGGCCUCUAGAACCGUGAGUGAAUGUGUUCUCUUGUUGGAGCCCCCAGUCUGUGGCCCAGGGGCACGAAUGCCGUGAGUUUAUCAGGCCAGCUGGCUCUCAGCCAUCAGCACAGGAAGAGCGAGGCUCUGGGGAGAGCAGGACCCGAGCCAGGCUGGGGGCAGGAAUGGAGCAUGGAGCACUGCACCUGGCCCAGGCCUGCACCACCCUGCUGGCGGGGCUGGGGCGCUUCCCGGGCCGGGUGGGCCGGGUGGGAUGAGCACUGUACGAGGAGCUGUCCAGGAGACGCCGGCAUCUCGGCAGAGCCCACUCCAGCCUCCUGAGCCCCCCACUUGGGGGAAGUGGGAGCAACCUGUUCUGCCGGAAAUCCCCGUGUCCCCAGACCCUUUCCCCGUCCGUGGAAAACUCCAGAAGGGGCAAGAGGCAGGAUAGCAGGAGUUAGAAAAAUGCACGGACACCCGGAUCAGCGGCCAUCUGGCUCCAGGAGGAAACCGAACAUCUGGCUGCCACUGUGGCCCGCGGCUUUUAUGUAACGCACGUGUGAGCCCAUGUGUCCGGGCACGGGCUGAUGGCCCGGCCGCGCUCCCCCUAACUCUGCCCCGGGUGUGAAAUGCGCCUCGUGAUAAGAGGGCUGUUUGGAGCCAGGGUGCUGCUGGACCAGGGUGCCUGGCACGGGCUCGGAGCUCAGAGCGCCCUCCCCGUGCCCCGCAGAGCUCCCGCGCACAGGCACGUGUGUGCACACGCAGUCCGGGCUGGCUGGCCGAGUCGUUUCCUCCCGCGUGAAAUCACACCCAGGCAACCACUAAGCUGGCUUCCAGCUGCCCUCUUAGGGAACCUGCGCGUUCACAGACACUUCCACGCCCAACGCCUCACAGGCUGCGGUACAUGUAGGUGCAAACCUGGAAACACGGAAGUUCACAUUCACGCACACACACUGAUACACACGCCUACAUAAGAAAAUGGCACACGCAUGGGCUCACACUCAGUGACCCUGUUACACCUGGCCUUGCCUAUGUUUCUACACACACACAUGUGUGCUCUGGCACUAAUGUGCACACUCAAACACUGGCAAACAGACCAGCCUUGCCAGAUUUAGCAAGUCAAAAUGCAGGGUGUGAUAUUUGGAAUGCAUGUAUACUGAAAAAUUGUUCAUUUAUUCAAAGUUCAAAUUCAACUAGUGGACCUCUGUUUUCUCUUGGAAUCCUAACAUGCAUACGUUUGUGCACACACAUACACACUCUUACUCCUGAGGAUUGUAAUGUCCCCAGGCCCUGCCUAGGACAUGCCGGGUACCGGCAGAAUUUCUGAAACCUUCCUGCAUCUUGUCAUCGGCCCCGCCACUGCCACCCUGGCCACGGCGCCACUCUGGGCCCCCCUGUUCCUGAGGCUAAGAGCCUGGCCCACAUCUAGGCUCGAUGGUGGGAGAGGGAGCCCUUCCAGCCAGAGCUCAGCGCUCACUAGGACCCUGAGAAAAAGCCUCUUGCCAGCAGCCCAGCUGCGAGGUCUGGCAGGAGCCCCAGCUAAGCCCUGGGAAGAGCCCCACCCAGAGCCGAAGCCUGGGCCGGGCUUCCAGGAGGGACCUCCAGUGGGGGAUCAGAGAUGCGAUCAGAGCCCCCUGGAGACCCAGCUCGGUCUCUGCUGCAUCUGGUGCGGCAUCCCUGGUGGCAGGCAAGUCGGGGCAAGGGUCUUGAAACCCUCAUUCCUCAGCUGAAAUCCUUCACCCAGAAGGGUUUGCAUGGAGGGACAGUAGUGAGCAAGGUCCUAGGGUGACCUUGGCACAGAAAGAAGGGUCCCCGGGGGAAGACCCAGACCUGCCCCGCCCAUCCCCACCCCCCUGUAUAAGAGAGAAAGUCUAGUCCGGGGCCCCAGGCCAGCAGAUGCGCAGAGAGUCUCCUGAGAGCCUCACAGAGAACAGGGUGAAUUUAAGAAAGCAUCUCUUUCCCCACUUAGCCUGUUUUUUGGUUACAUAAGAAUGCAUGUUCAUUAUUUAAAAAUGAGCACGUAGAGGAAAGCCAAAAGCACACAUUUUUUUGGUUAUUCCUUUGAGACAUUUUUUAUGCAUUCAUAAAAGUAUGAUGUAUUUUGACCAAAAAAAAAAAAAAUCGUUAAACACUGUAGUCCUAUGACCUACUUUUUUCAUUUACUGACAUAUUGUGAAUAUCUGCCUCCAUCAAUAAUUAAAUAUCUACCCCUUGACAUUUAACAGCCUCCUGGCGAUCCCUGAUAUGGAAAAGCCAUAUAUCUAUACCAGUUUGUUUUAUUAAUUGAGAUGAAAUUCACAUGCCAUAUACAAUUAACCGAUUUAAAGUGUACAAUUUGGUGGUCCUCAGUAUAUUCACAAGGUUGUUUCAAACCCUUUGCAUCACUCCAGAAUUAAACCCCACGCCUACUUCUCGGUGAGCCCCUCUGUCCCUCUGGAUAGAACGUGCAGAUAGAAUCAUACAAUGAUUCUAUCGUUGCAUCUGGUUGCUUUAGGUGUAGUGUCUUCCAGGUUCAUCCUUGACGUACCAGAUGUCAGAACUCCGUUCCCUUUUACAGAUGAAUAAUAUUCCAUUGCGUGGCGGGACCACAUCUUGUCUAUCCCUCCAGCCUGUGGUAGACGUUUGGGUAGUCCGCAUUCUCCAGCUGUCGUGAACGGUGCCGUCGUGAAUGUUUGUGCACGCGUGUCUGUGAGUCCCUGUCGUCAGUUGUAGGCACAGACUUUGGAGUGGAACGGCUGGGGGACAGGGAAAUUCUGUGUGUGACUUUUGGAGGAGCCUCCACCUACCUGUUUUCCACAGUAGCUGCACCAUGUACAAUCCCACCGGUGGGAUGUCAGGAGCCCCAAGUCUCCACCUUCCUGCCCACACAUCCCUGCAUUUGCAAGGUAGUCAUUCGAAUGGGUAUUAAAGUGGACCCCCAGGUUUGCUGUAAAUAUGAGUUACUUCUGUUCAACAGGGAGUAUUUCUGUUGUUUAAGACAGCCAGUGUGGGGGGGGUUUGCAAUGGCAGCCCCAGCAAAUUCAUCCAAAGACUGUAUGUUUUCUCAGGCACUGUUAGCUGUCGCCUUUGUUUUUCUUCUUUGCGAGUUACCUGUUUGUGUCAUCUGCCCUUCCCUUGUUCAUGAACCCGAAGCGUGCUGGUGGCCCUCCCGAGUGCUGGUCCACAGCCUGGCAUGCUGAGAGCAAGAUCGUGCUGCCCGACAGAGCUCCCCAGGUGACUCCAGGACAGCCCAAACUGAGAACCAGCAACCUUGACCUCCAGGACCCUCAGCUGGAAAAAUCAGUGGGGUCCAGCUAGGGAGUGGCCCAAGCCUCUGAGCCUUAUAGCAAGAGUCACCACCCCAGCUGGUUCAGCAAGGCCUAGGUACCUAAUUCUGUCACUAAUUCUUACCCACCCCACCACCCCUGUGGAUGAGACAGGGAAACCGGUUUGUGUUUAUUCUGCUCCUACAAGUCCUGAGACUGCAGAGUCACUGGCUGUUAGUUCCUCGGUUUUUCCUCCUGCGGAUGAACCCAAACCAGGCUCUGGGUCAGCAGGUCGAGGCUGCACGACGUCGGGCCUCCCUCUCCUGCCGGCCCGACUCCCGCUCCUCCAGGGGACAGGCCAUCCCAAGGCCUGAGGCCCUCUGUCCCCCGCAACCCCGCCAGGGCUGGCUCCUCACCUUCCAACCAUAAACCCUGUGGAAAGGGGAUGAGAAGAGCCAGGAGGAGGCUCCUCUGAGGAAAUGCCUGAGGAGAGGUGACCCAGGCAGGAUGCGGCAUCGGGGCGGGCCCUAACCCAAUCUGACGGCGCCUUAUGGAAAGGACAGACGGGGACACGGAACCAGCCGCAGAGGGAAGAAGACGUGAGGACACUGGGGGCCGCUGUGUGGGGACAAGGCACUGGAGGACCCGAGCGAUGUGCGUGGCACCCGGAAGGCUGGAAGCCCUGCAGGGCCUGGAGCGGUUCCUUCCCCAGCACCUUGGAGGGACACGACCCUGCCGAGACCUUGAUUUCAGACUUCCGGCCCCACAACCGUGAGACGAUCCGUUUCUGGUUUUCUAGCCUUCCCGGUUGGUGGCCCUGGAUCUUAGAGCCGACCCAGGACACUAACACUGACCCUUUCAUGCACCAAAGACAGGGAGGACGUUUAAAAGUUUGGGGGAAGCGCCUGGGUGGCUCAGUGGCUUAAAGCCUCUGCCUUCAGCUCAGGUCAUGAUCUCAGGGUCCUGGGAUCAAGCCCUGCAUCGGGCUCUCUGCUCAGCAGGGAGCCUGCUUCCCUCUCUCUGCCUGCCUCUCUGCCUACUUGUGAUCUC